AUGAAGCAGUUAAGCGUCUCUAACUUUAGGCGGUGUACUACGAAAUCAUAUAUUAACAGUCAGACAAGUUCCGACAAUUCAAAGUGUAAUAUAUCUUCCUGUAUAUAUGGUGGAUCAAACAUUAUUAUGAAAUCUAGCAUGGGCGAAAUAUUACCGAAUACAGUCAAUGGACAGACUCGCGCAAGAAUAUGUCUUUUACAGUAUGUCAUUUUUACAAGCAUCAUGGUUGUGAUCACGAUGAUUACGACUUUGUUGGUGGCGAACAUAAAUACACUUCAAAACUUGCUCUCAACAUGGCAUAUAUCACUUGCUCUCAUAUUAUUUGGUGCAGUCUUCGCAUCAGUUUUGAUUCUUGUUCAAAAAGUCGAAUCGCAAUUUCCAGCGAAUUAUAUCUUUCUUUUACUCACUGUAUUAACUUCGUCUUGUGGAAUCGCUGGACUGACAGAAUCUUUUCAUUUAUGGACAGCGUUAUCAUGGAGUUUGGCGAUAUUGCUAGCCGUGAUAGCCGUGUUAGUUGGGUACAAACUGAGACCAUUAAGUCGUACAGGGGACAAUAUUAUGAUAAUUUUGGCAUUCGUACUGAUGCUGUUGGGUGUUAUUCUGUUAGCUUCUGUAUACUUUUCCGGCUAUAAAGUAGCAGCGUAUAUAGUCUUCAGCGUACUUUUUGGACUUGGCUUAACUGUGGCAUUAUUUUUAACAGCACAAGUUCUAAAACUUUGCUCUCAGAAGUCGAGAAUCACUUCGUUACCAGUUAAAUUGGCUCUCAUUACCUGGGCCUUGAUAAUUUUGUUAUAUCUGACCAUAUCAAUCAACUUUCCUAUGGAAGAAUGA